AUGCGGCGGCUGCGCCCCUGGGCGCUGGUGCUGGGCGGGCUGCUGUGUGCCGCCGCCGCCGCCGCCGCCGGGCCGCCGCGGAGCUACCCGCACAGCGCGGUGCUGGACGGCGCGGCCGCCUACCGCCUGCGCUGGGGCCGCCGCGGCAGCGCUCUCGCCUUCCGCCUGGAGGUGCGCACCCGCGGCUACGUGGGCUUCGGGCUCUCGGCCGGCGGCGGCAUGGCCUCGGCCGACAUCGUGGUGGGGGGCGUGGAGAGGGGCCAGCCCUACCUGCAGGAUUAUUUUACAGAUGAAAACAGAGUACUUAAAAAGGACCCUCAACAGGAUUACCAUCUGGAAUAUGCCAUGGAGAACAGCACACAUACAAUAUUGGCUUUUAGCAGAGAACUGCACACUUGUGAUACAAAUGACAAAAGCAUAACGGAGAGCACAGUGCGGGUAAUAUGGGCCUACCACCACAAAGACAUGGGAGAAGCAGGUCAAAAUUACCAUGGGUCUAAUCGUGGUACAAAGAGUCUACGUUUACUGAAUCCUGAGAAAGAAGAAGUCUUAUCUUCCUCUUUGCCAUACUUUGACUUGACAAACAAAGACGUGCCAGUACCAGACAAGGAUACAACAUAUUGGUGCCAAAUGUUUAAGAUUCCUGUACAACAUGAAAAGCAUCAUGUGACAAAGGUUGAGCCAUUGAUCCAGAAAGGCCAUGAGAAUCUGGUGCACCAUAUCCUGCUCUACCAGUGCAGCAGCAAUUUGAAUGACAGUGUGCUGGACUACGGGCAUGAGUGCUACCACCCCAACAUGCCAGACUCUUUUCUUACAUGUGAGACGGUCAUUUUUGCUUGGGCCAUUGGAGGAGAGGGCUUCACCUACCCUCCUCAUGUUGGCUUAUCCAUUGGCACAGCAGCUGACCCUCAGUUCGUUCUUAUGGAGGUGCAUUAUGACAAUCCAUCAUACACAGAAGGUUUGAUAGAUAACUCUGGUCUGAGGCUAAUUUAUACUUCAGUUUUAAGGAAAUACGAUGCUGGGGUAAUUGAAGCUGGUCUUUGGGUCAGCCUCUUCCACAAUAUCCCACCGGGCAUGCCUGAAUUUGUGUCAGAGGGUCACUGCACACUGGAAUGUCUGGAAGAGGCUCUAGGUGCUGAGAGACCUGCUGGGAUUCACGUGUUUGCGGUACUUCUUCAUGCUCAUCUUGCUGGCAGAGCUAUCAGGAUGCGCCACUUCCACAACGGCGAGGAGCAGAAACUGCUGGCUUACGACGAUGAGUUUGACUUCAACUUCCAGGAGUUUCAGUAUCUGAAAGAAGAAAGAACCAUAUUGCCGGGGGAUAAUUUAAUCACAGAAUGUCACUACAGUACUGUGGACCGAAUUCGCAUGACAUGGGGUGGUCUGAGCACCAGGAAUGAAAUGUGCCUGUCGUAUCUGCUCUACUACCCAAGAAUCAACCUCACCCGAUGUGCAAGUAUUCCAGAUAUAAUGGAACAACUCCAGUUCAUCGGUGUUAAGGAAAUCUAUAGACCAGUCAGGACUUGGCCUUUCAUUAUCAAGAGUCCUAAGCAAUAUAAAAACCUGUCUUUUAUGGAUGCAAUGAACAAAUUCAAAUGGUCCAGAUCGGAGGGUCUCUCCUAUAAUGAACUUGUGCUUAAACUACCAGUGAACGUGAGAUGUUCAAAAACAGAUAAUGCAGAAUGGUCGAUCCAAGGCAUGACAGCUUUACCCCCUGAAAUAGAGAGACCAUACAAGACAGAACCAGUAAUAUGCAGCUCAUCUUCCUGUUUACAUUGCAGUUUAUUCCUCACCCUGUUUGUUGUACAUGUCACAGCCAGUACCAUAGGAAAUAUUGGGCCCUUUGUAUAA